GCCAAUGUGACCUGAAUAUGCCUUCCUCAAAACAAUGAGUCACAUGUUAUUUGACAAAUAAUGCAACUUUAACAUUUUAAAAAGUAUUUCCAGGUGGUUUUUUUUCUUAUUUUUUUUAAACAAACAGCAGCGAAAAAAAGACCACAAAUAUAACCGUCCAUUCCGCCAUACUCCUCCCAUCUGUCUUGAGGCACAUCUUUGGUGUCAAAUGUCAACACAACAAUUCCAACCUGCCCAACAGGCCUCCCUCUCAUUUGUGGCACCUCCUUUGGCUGAGUCACACCCACACCACAGAAGCCUUCUGCUUCCUGGAGGGCAAAUAUCUUGCUUUGAACAGGAAAUGACAUCACGGCACCGAGGAGCAUUUUUGGAAGCCGAAAACCCAAAACAAGAAGCAGAUGUUUUUCAGGCGCCGCGUCGAAAAGAAGCAGAAAGCAGAGCGUACAAAAGUGAAGGGGAAGAAUGUCAGGAGGACAUGAAGAGAGUCAAAGUGGAACUUGUGUUUUCUUCUCCAAUCCUCUGAUGAGUGAUGUGGAAGCAGACUGGACUCCAAUUCAUGAUGCCGCAUCCAACGGCCGCUCGCUGACUUUGCAAAGGCUCAUUGCUCAGGGUGCAUGUGUGAACCUGAGCACGUUGGACCAGGUCUCGCCCCUCCAUGGAGCAUGCGCGCAGGGCCAUGCAGCCUGCGCCAAGCUGCUGCUGCAACAUGGUGCUCAUGUCAACAGUGAGACAUUAGAUGGACGCACGGCACUGUCGGAAGCGUGCGGCCGGGGUCAUGUGACCUGCGUGUCGCUACUCCUUCGGCACGGAGCGAGGCCUCUGGGGAGCGGCUCGUCCGACUCCCCAAUGCACGUGGCCGCAGCCAAAGGUCACCCAGAGUGCAUUGAGUCUCUCGCGCAGCAUGGCGCCGACUUGGAUCAGAACGUGGAUCAGUCUGGCACCCCGCUGCAUGUCGCCUGCUCCAAUCGGCAGCUGACUGCCGUGAAGAAACUGCUUCAACUCGGUGCGAGUGUAAACAUGGGCCGGUCCGGCGAGUCUCCCUUGCACGUCGCCGUCCGUGCGUCCAGUCCAGAGAUGGUGUCGGUUCUGCUGGAGCACGGGGCCGAUGCCUCCAUGCCCAACCCGGAGGGCAAGCGGCCCCUGGACCUGGCGGCCCCCGCCAGCGCCGUGGAGAAGCUGCGCAAACAAAGCGCAGGAGUCCCACAGCUGAUGCAGCUGUGCCGUCUCCACAUCAGGACCACUUUAGGCAAGAGCAGGCUGCGCUCCAUCACUCACCUCCACCUGCCCACAGUACUCCAAAACUAUCUUUUAUGGAAAGCUUGAGAAUUUAUUUCACAGCCUGAAUAUGGAGCUGAAGGUCAGUUGACGUACUAGUACGCUCUUUGUCCUCACUAGCAAGACAAGGAGAAGGACUGUGUCCUACAGAAUUUCUCUAGUACAUGGACCCAACACUGGAUAACAAUAAUAAAUGCUUGAAAGCAGCUUUCCGGACUUUUCCACGGAAAAGGGAACCUGCUGCAUUUCUCUACUUUACCAACAGAGGGAGCACUCGGAUAAUCCUUGAGGCCAAAUUUGACUUUGAAAGUGGAAUACAAAGUCACGUGAAGGUCAACAUCAACCCCGAUCUACAACAUGUUGUAUUCAUGAGCUGGCACAUUUUUCCCCCUCUCGCUUUCAUCUCCUCUUGUUGAUGCUCCAAAUAGAUUUUUUUUUUUUUUUGCCGCCCCAACGAGGCCUCAAGUGAGCCUUUUAAACUGAAUUUACAUAAUUUAGACAGCAACAUUUAAAAAAGAAGUGCUGUACUUUAAUCUAAAACUGAAUUCUCUGAUCAAACUCUGAUAUAAAAUGUGUACAACUGGAGAUGUCGGUUGAAUUACUCUUAUUUCAUCUUAUACUUCUCGGAUCACUUGUCCGUCUGAUCUGGGGUCACUUACUUUUGCCCUGUGAAUGUUUGAAUGCAAUUUGUUUAUUUCUAUUUUUUAAUCACACCACAUGAAUUGACCAUUUUAUGCCAAAAUAUAAGCAAUUCCAAAGGGUCCACUGUACAUUUCACCAACUCCAUCCAGAGCAUCCUUCGACUUAAAUGCAGCACUUAUUCAUUUUCUAUUGAUCCCUUCUCCCCAAUUUGGCUGAAUGGCCGGCGGUCACGCUAACAUUGAAGCAACUUUGAUUUGAUGUAAAAUCAAUGCCAUCCGGGGGCUUGUGGCUCCUCAUGCUGCCAGCAGAGAGACGCGGCGUGGAAUUAAUGACGGCGAAGCAAUCAUUGGAACGUGAAUGUGUGUAGGAACGUCACAUGACCGGCAAAACCGCCUCGAGGGUGUGACAUCACGAAUGUUAGUGUUUGGUUUGUGUGCUGAGCAUUUCAAUAUACAGUAUGUCAAGGAAAAAAAACUGUGCUAUCAAUGUUACUUGUAGAAGUUAAAAAUUACUAUUUUUAUUUUCCUCAACAUUAUGGCUCAAAAACUUACAGUAUUAACGUCCUUCGACAAUAGCACCUAAUUGGUUUGAAACGCAACU